GAAAAUGUAAACACCCAUGGAGAAGAAGAAAAAACUUAACAAAAACAAACAACAUUCGAGCUGAAACACUUUAGCCUGAACAUCCAGGAGUCCAGCUACUUUUGUGCAGGAGAUGAGUUUGGUCUGUUGUUGUAACCAUUGGUAACAUGUCGCCUUCUGCCGUUAGGCCUCUCGUGAAAAGGGCAAACCCGCCGAUUUGUACUUGCAGUGCGGUGAGUUCGCUGUGAAAUGACGGGACAGGAAGUGAUCGCGGGAUGCGGCGUGGACGUCCCGGUGGUCUUCGCCGAGUCGCUGUUCGUUUACACCGAACUGUUGACGGUGGCCGCGCUGUGCGGGGGACUGUCGGGAGUGUUGGCCGCGGCUCUCCUGUACGUCUUCUGCCUGAAGCCUCUGCUGCUGACGAGACAAGGCCACAACGCGAGGAGGCUGCUCGAGCCCGACGACAACCACCAGAGUGACGGUGUCAGCAACAGCAGGAAGGAGGCUGCGAGUGGAGCCCCCACGGAAAAAGAGAAGAAGAAGCAGCCGCAGCAGCCGCCGCCCGUGAGCAGCGAUGUGGCUGCAUUUGCAUCCAGAGCAAAGGUGGUUUAUCCCAUCAACCAAAAAUACAGACCUUUAGCAGAUGGAGCUUCCAACCCGUCACUGCACGAGCACAACAAGUUCCCGGCGCUGCCGAACGAGGAGUCGUCCUCCUCCACUGACGGGGAGUCUCUGAGCCAGGAGCAGGACAACGAUGACAGCAGUCACUUCAUCUCCUCGUCGCUGGUCCCCAAGAGCCUGCAGAACCAGAGCUUCACCAGAGUCUCUCACUACCCUCACACACUGACACUAACAGGGUUUGAAGGCAGGAUCAGCCUUUACUGUUUGGCCCUGCAGGACGUACAAGAGCUUUGCUCUCACCUUCAGGAGGAAAAACAUCUGAUUUUUCUUCAUAUGGUGAACAUAAUAUUCAACUGCCGGUUCCCAAAAGACAAAACUGAUGCUGACUUCUGCAAGAAUAUUCUGCAAAUACACGAAAAGGAGCUGAAUGAGCUAAAGAAGCAGUUGUCAUUGGGCCACAUUGCCAGCGAGAAGAACUUUGACGCUCCUUGUACGUUGGAGGAGAUUGAGAGAACGCAGAAAGAUCUCCUUGAACGUGGCCUUCAAAUGUCCAAAGGUUUCAGCAAACAGUUGGAAGACUUGUGUCAGACUCUGCUGACGAAGACCAGCAUUUUCUCCAGGGAUGAAGCCCAGGAUGUGAUUCUGUCUCUCAUUCAAACUCUUAUGUCGGUGGAGAACCACCUGGUGAACACACAAGAAGCAGACCUAAAAAGAAUACAGCAGAAACUGCUGUGGUGGGAAGAGCUGACGGGGCUUCUUCAGUCCCAACCUGCCUUGUUGAUGCGGGAAGCGUCUCUGAGGCAGAGCUUGUUGGCCACAACGCUGGAGCAGCUGACGAGCGAUGACGUCUUGACCUUUAACCACAUGGAGAAGAUCUUUUCAGAAGUUCAGGAGACUCUGACGAGAGGUCUUCAGCAGUGCACUGAGGAGUGCAGGCGGAAGACAAAGGAGCUGGUGAACGACAAGUGCAGCAAAAUGGAGUCCAAGCGGAAGAAGCUUCAGAGGAGCCAGGCCAAGGAAAAGACCCAGGCCCUGGAACUGACACAGACUCACAGUGACCUACAGCAGCUCACCAAGGUGUACCAGGAGCUGCUGGUUAAACACAGGCAGCAGAUCUCUGAUCUGGAGCUGCAGCAGGAGAACAGGGUGGCUGACGCUCUCUGUGACCUUUGGAAGAAACUUCGUGGCUUGUGGUCAAGGAAGCUCGGGGAGCUAGCCAAGGACAUCUUUCUCACCUCGGUCUCUGCCCAGUCGAACGUCUCUGCUGAGCGCUGCGAGCGGCUGUGGUUGGACCUGGAGCAGGAGCUGGUUGAAAAGCUGCAGCAGGCUGAGUGCACUAUCAAUCUGCAACUGGAGGACAUGAGGGCUCAGCUCGACCAAGACGGACAGGUGUGGAGUGAGGAGAUGGCUCUGGCGCAGGCCUGUCUCAAACACCUGAGUGAACAACAGCUGAAGAUUCUCCAGACCAUGGUGGCCAGACAGAGCUACACACUCAACAGUGACGUGGGGACGCUGAUAGAGAAGAAACAUGAGCACCUGUUGGUGGCGGUGCAGAGGAGCUUUGUGGUCAGGCACUUCUGUCUGCACAUGCUGAAGGAGAUGAGGCUGUCCAAGCUGAAGGUGCUCUCUCAGACUGAUUUCAGGGCCGGGCUUAUGGAGGAUCCCGGUAAAAGCCUGUCCUGUGUCAGUUCAACUCUCAAGAAUAGCAGUGCCAGCCUAGCAGAGAGGCAUCUGGGUCCAGAGAGUCAGCUGGUGGGCCACAGCUUCCAGCAGGAGUUCCUCUCUGAGCAGGAAACAGGAAUGGAGCUGCUUCAGAGCCAUGCGCAGCUGCUGCUUGGCAAUGCCCUCAGCCAAGCCAUCCAACAAAUGAUGGAGACCCUGCCCAUGGAGUCCCCGGCCUCUCCAAAACCAGAUGAUGAUAGCUUGAAGCACCACCUGAUAGAGGCUGCGUCAGAGAGUGUAUACGUGACUAAAGAUUCUCUCACUGCGCUGGUCCAGAGCUACUAUUCACACCUACAGGACAUUACAAAACAACUACAGCCGGAUCAGCCAAACAUGAACCAGGAGGUGAAUGAGAAGAUGGAGAGCAGCAGUCAGCUGAGCAGAGCGUUGCAGAGGGAGCUGGUGAACUGGGGCAAAAAACCUACAUCUGCUGAGUUUCAACAGAGGGUUGAACUUCACAAAAGGAGGGUGUUGGAGCUGUGUGAUCUGCAACAGGAGAGUAUAUAUGAGGAACUGAGACAAAAGAAAGUGGCCCAAGAUCAAAUCAUGGAAAGGAUCAAAAAACAGCUACUGGAGGCAGAAGAAAGCUUCAUAAAUGAGGUGGCAGACUUGGCACGGGUUUCUCUCCACAGACCAGAACAGGAAGCCAGUGGUGAAGAGGAGAAUGCUGUUGAUCAGAGUGCCACAAUAUUGGACCUGCUGGCCCUGAACCCAGCAUUAGAUCCAGCCUUGAAUCCUUCACUGACGCCAAGUAUUGUAACUCCAGUGGUGAAAUCAAAACCAAGGAAGAAGACAAAACAUGAGUCCCAAAUCAGCUGAAAUCUUAACACAGCAAUAAUCACAUAUUCAUACAGUGAUGUCCUGAAAAUAUUAUUUUUUAAUAGUUGUUGCUCCCUUAUAAAUUAAUACCACUGAAAGAUUGUUGUUAAGGUGCAUCUCUUUAAAUGUUUCUGGAAGCAAUAAAGCCUAUUUUACUGUAAACACCAA